GCACACAAGAUGGCGGCGCCCAGCGGAGUAGAGGCCGCGUUUGGGGUUUGCUGAGGCUGACUCCCUUUCCCACGACACCUUUGGACGCAAAGAGCCGCGAGCCCAGAGGACGGGGGCCGGGCGGGGACAGGGGUACCUGCGUAGCUGGACCGCGAGCCCGCGCCCAGCCUGCGCCGCCCCCACCCGGCCCCGGCCCGACACCAUCCGUUCCCGGUCUCCUCUCGGUCUGACCCACUGCCCGGCCGUGGUUCGCCGCCACCUGGCCUCCAAAGCUGAGCUCCCUCCUCCGGCCCGGGCUCACCUCCACUUUAGAGAUGUUUGGCUUCUUCCCUCCCAGACAGCCUGGCGUCCAAACCGGGACUCCUGGACCGGCGUCUGGCCCCCUUUCCCUCCACUGAGACUCCUCCACCUCGCUCUCACCCAUUUCUUGCUCAGACUCUUGCUUCUCUCUGGCUUGGAGACUGCUCACUUCCCUUCCAGAUUGACCCCUGACGCCCCCAAACAUUAGCAGCCUUGACACCCGCCCUCAACCUGGAGCCAGCUUUCCUUUCGGAUUAACCUCCACAGCCCUAUCAUGGAGGCUGUGUACCUGAUAGUGAAUGGGGUGGGCCUUGUGCUGGACCUGCUGACCUUGGUGUUGGACCUCAACUUCCUGCUGGUGUCCUCCCUCCUGGCUUCCCUGGCCUGGCUGCUGGCCUUCAUCUACAACCUGCCACACACGGUACUGACUAGUCUUUUGCACUUGGGCCGCGGAGUCCUGCUUUCGUUGCUGGCCUUGAUCGAAGCCUUGGUCCGUUUCACCUUUGGGGGCUUGCAGGCCUUGUGUACUUUGCUGUACAGCUGCUACUCUGGCCUGGAGAGCUUAAAGCUCCUGGGGCACCUGGCCUCUCACGGGGCACUGAGGAGCCGGGAGAUCCUGCACCGGGGGGUGCUCAAUGUGGUCUCCAGUGGUCAUGCUUUGCUGCGCCAGGCCUGUGACAUCUGUGCCAUUGCCAUGAGCCUGGUGGCCUAUGUGAUCAACAGCCUGGUCAACAUCUGCCUCAUAGGCACUCAGAACCUUUUCUCCCUAAUGCUGGCCCUGUGGGAUGCAGUGAUGGGGCCGCUGUGGAGGAUGACGGACGUUGUAGCUGCCUUCCUAGCCCACAUUUCCAGCAGUGCCCUGGCCAUGGCCAUCCUCCUCUGGACCCCCUGCCAGCUAGCACUGGAGCUCCUAGCGUCAGCUGCCCGCCUCCUGACCAACUUCGUGCUCGUCAAUGUCACCGGCCUGGUGCUGCUGGCUUGUGUGCUGGCAGUGAUGGUGACCGUGUUGCACCCAGACCUCACCCUGAGACUGGCCACCUGGGCACUCAGUCAGCUCCAUGCCCGGCCAUCUUAUCACCGGCUCCGAGAGGAUGUCGUGCGGCUAUCUCGCCUAGCCCUGGACUUGGAGGCUUGGCGUCGAGUCUGGAGCCGCAGCCUGCAGCUGGCCACCUGGCCAAACCGGGGAGGGGCGCCUGGGGCCCCUCAGGGUGGCCCUAGGAGGGUGCCCUCAGCCAGGACCUGGCGACAGGACACUCUUCCUGAAGCAGGGCCCAGAUCAGAGGCAGAAGAGGAGGAAGAGGUCAGGAUGGCCAGAGCAACAGCUGCCCGUGGCCGGGAGAGGCUCAACGAGGAGGAGUCUGUAGCUGGGCAAGACCCGUGGAAGUUGCUCAAGGAGCAAGAGGAGCGGAAAAAGUGUGUCAUCUGCCAGGACCAGAGCAAGACGGUGCUGCUUCUGCCCUGCCGGCACCUGUGCCUGUGCCAGGCUUGCACUGAGAUCCUGAUGCGUCACCCCGUCUACCACCGCAACUGCCCACUCUGCCGCCGGGGCAUUCUGCAGACCCUCAAUGUCUACCUCUGAAGACUCCUUCCCUGUCAGCCCACUUUCUCAUGCUCCAUGAAGCCACCUGCGCUAGGACAGCUUUAACACCUGACCUCCUGGUUCCUGGCCUGUAUCCCCUCCUGCCCCCAUGGCUGUCAUGCCAAGCCUCCAGGCCAUAUCUCCAGGACAUUGAGAUAGGAUACUCUGGAAGACUAUGAGCUGGGUGGGGCAGGGUAACAGCUUCUCCUUACCCAGUGUGUCCCGGUGAUGCCGGAGGUGGUGAGUGUGUCACUAUGCAAGGCCCCGAGGCUGCUGGGGACUCCCCUCCAGCUUGCCGGGGCCCAUCCAGAUACCAAUCUCUGGGGCUCCCCCUCUACUUCUGGUUUUUCUGUUGAGGAUUUGCAAGUCCUCUCCCUGACUCUUCCCCAUUCCCUCCCCAGCUUCAGCAGCCACAACACAUCACUGUCAUUUGGAUGUUUUGGUAACUCAAGGGCCUUGAAAUGAACUUGAACCUUUGCUUUCACUCGGAGCACCUGUGUGCACUGGUAGGCCUAGGGGAUAGUAUCUCACAGGUGCCUUGAGAGUUACCAUUUCUGCCCAUCUUGAUCUUAUGAGACUCCCUCCCAACCAGAUCCAACAGCUAGGAUCAAGAGUUUACCCCUUGGGGUGGGAUGGGUGUCUGCACCUGGCUUUGGGACCACAUUACUCUCUGGCACCCCAGCUCCACUGGGAGCCUCAGGAGGGAUACCAGAUUUCCACUCCUACCCCUUUCAUUUCCACAUCACAGAACAAUAGUAUUUCCCCUCUGUAUGUCUCUCCCUGACAUUGGGGAGAGCAGACUGUACACAUUUAUUUCACUAGGGUCCAAAUACGGAAGGGGCCAGCCUAGGGGUAUGCAGCUCCCUGAUGGGUCUGUCUGGCCAUGUUUCUGGUGAAUAAAUUUCUGUUGACAGCUCU